UCUCUGGACCGUCUGUGUCCUCCACGUCACGUCGCAUCGCACUUGUCGUCUGCUCAUCGCAUCAGCUAGGCCAAAGUGAAGCAGCCAUGCACAGUAAAUUAACGAGAGAGAGAGAGAUCAUCCCUGCUGAAAAAACCGCUCGGGAUUGAACACAGAGUCAUUUGAAAUCUGGAGGCAGAGGCAUCUCCAGAUAAGCUACAUCGCCAUCUUCCUGCAAGAUGAACCGUCUGACCUUUCCCUCGCGCAUCGACACCGUCGACGCGGCUGCCACCCUGUAUCUAUGCAUAUAAUACCUGUCUAUAAUCCCGUCGGCGCCGUGGUGGCUCAAACACAAAGUCAUCAGCAACCUGGAGCAGAGAAACCUCGUCAUAAUAUACAUCGCCAUCUUCCUGACAGAUGAAUCGCCUGACUUCCCCUUCACGCAUCGACAGCAACGCAUCACGCAAGUACCCGAGCCCAGGUUGCGACACACGAGCCAUGUGCUUACGGCACUCCGUGUCCUUGACGUUGCCCUCGAACCCGUCACGCCAAGUAACCCUGUCGGUGAUGGCGAUCUGCUCAAGUGUCGGCGUUCUGCCGAAGCCCUCCCGCACCACUUUGUAUCGCACUUCACAUCCCGGUGUGUGGUAGGAGGUCAAGAAGCCAUCGUCACUGCAAAGGAAACAAUAAUGACGGAUGGCCACAGCAGCAGCCCUCGAGCCUUACGUUGCUGUUGGUGUGUCUGUCUUGACGCCGUACAUGGCCGCAUUGAUAUCAAAGGCGGCCUGCUCCGCAUUCUUGCCAAUCUUGAGCGGCGCAUCGAUGUCUUCGGUUGACGCACCAAGCCGCUUUCUGCGGUAGUGAUCGACCAGGCGGCGGAUGUGGUCGACGGGCACAUCCUCAAUGGGAGCAGGCCACCUGAUUGACGACAAAUACUUUCAUGCCCUUCUGUUGCUCACAUGUGUGUGGUUGGCUUUACUUACAUAUCGAAUCGGUUAUGCAGCCCAAUGUCGCCCAUUUCGUCCAAAGUGGACUGCACCGUCGAGAUGCGAGUGCCGCACACGUCGACUGACCUAAUGGCAUCACCGCCACUCAGAGGCGCCAGGAAGGGCUUCACGGCCUGACAGCACAGAAAUCCUAUCGACUAACAUCCGCGCCACACCGACCUUCUCUAAGCCAUCCGCUCUCUGUGCUCGUCACCUGUAUCUCUUUGUCGAGAUUGUCCCGUCGCCUGUUGGCGGCACGCAGCUGGCCCUCCAGCCGGGCCUUCUCUGCAGCGAAUGCCUCCUUGAUGGCCUCGAUCGUCGCCUCGAGAGGCUUGACGACGUCGGCCGUGUCGGCGGGAUCGUCAGUGGCCGUCAGUCGGGUCUCAGCGCCGCCGCCACUGGGAGUGGCGUCUGCUGCAGCCUUGUUGAGGGGCGACAGCAUGAGCUUGACCCAAAAGUCGUGUCGCUUGGUGUCGAAGAAACUGCCGACCGGCGCCAUCUUUCCUGCGCUGCGCAUCGUCGCGGCAUUGAGGAUGGCCUUGUGGAUCGUCAUGAAGGCGUCAGCGUCCAUGUCGAUAAAAAUCCGCUGUUUGUCGUCCUUGAUCAGACGGCCACCCCAGUAGCCAGAGAACAGCGCCGCCAGCAGGGUGCCCUCGACCCCCUCCCCUUCAGUCAUGUCCUGCCGCUUGACGCUCAUCAGAUGGCCGCCCACAUUGAGCAUCAGCACGUCAUCGGGCGACACUGCUGAUGGGUCCGAUGCGCCGUGCUUCUGCCUCUCCCGCUGGGCGUCUUCAUCGACUUGACGGAUCUGGGCGUGCAGUUCUUCGAUGGCGUCACCGAUGGCCGUCAAUGGGCCCUGCAGCUGAAGCUGCAUCGCAUGAGCGCUGAACUGACGUGCUGCCAGCUCAGCUUGCAGCGUCGCCGACACCUGGUCAACACAGCACAGGGAGGUAUGAGCAGAUCUGGUUCCUGUUUUGAUUGAUGCAUCACCCUUGCCCCACCUGCUUCCUCACGCGAUGUGCACUUCGAAGGAACGAAGGUUUUGGCGGGAGAUCGUCCUGUAGCUCGCGACUUCUUCGCCGUGACAAAACGACAAACGACCAUCACAACAGGUCAGUUGACAGCACAGAGAACACAAACAAAACUGAGAUCUGAUGAAUCCUCUCAUAUCUCACUGUCAU